AUGGCGGACAUUAAACCUCCUUUCACAAAAGAGACGGCCCACAAAAAGGUCAAGGCAGCUCAGAAUAUGUGGAACACCCAGGAUCCCCCGCGCGUUGCCCUGGCAUACACCCCAGAUUGCAUCUGGCGGAAUCGAACAUCAUUCUUGUCAGGAACUGAGGGUAUUGUCGAGUUUCUGACAGCCAAGUGGAAGCGAGAGCACAACUAUCGGUUGCGUAAGGAGCUUUUCGCCUUUACCGAUGAUCGAAUUGCUGUUCAAUUCUGGUAUGAGUAUCAGGAUGCGGAUGAUGGAAUGCGCUGGAAGAGAUGUUAUGGGUUGGAAGAUUGGACUUUUGAUUGGGAGACUGGAAAGAUGCGUAAGCGUAUGAUGAGUGGGAAUGAUAUGCUUCUCGGGCCCGAUGGGAAUGGUGAAGGACGAUGGUUCGUGGAAGGGGUUGAUGUGAACGAAGUGCCGAUUAGCGAACAGCACUGGUGA